UACUUGAGAUAUAAAAAAAAAUGAAACCAUUGGCAGGCAUUAAUGGCCUCACUGACUGUGAAGUGAAACUAGACUAGAAGAAAAGUAGACGAGACUCUAGAUCUAGUAGAAAUAGAUUUAGACUUUUGCCACAUUACAAAACGAUUGCAUUGAUCAGGGCAUCAUGGAUGGUUCUCCUCUCAGAAGUACUCAAGGAGAUGAAAGUGAGUCUGACUAUGAAAAUGAAAAUCUUCGACCUAGAGGUUUGACUGGACUUCAGAAUUUGGGGAAUACAUGUUACUUAAACUCUGCACUUCAAAGCCUUUCCAACUGUCCACCCUUGACUCAGUAUUUUCUGGAUUGUUCCCCAUUAAUCCCACCUGACAAGACUUUAGCCAGAAACUAUGCUAAACUUGUUCAAGAACUGUGGCACAAAAAAAGGCCCAGCUAUGUCGUGCCUAAUGGUGUUGUUUCAAGAAUUAAAACAGUUCACCCAAUGUUUAGAGGCUAUACACAACAGGAUGCCCAAGAGUUUCUGAGGUGUCUAAUGGAUCAGCUCCAUGAAGAACUGAAGUUACCAGAUGACAGUGAUAGCGAAGAAGAUGAAACUGUUGGUGCCAGGGGAGAUGACGAUGACGGCACUACUAAUGCCAACUCAAGCAAUAUUGCAUCUGAUCUUAAGAUUGUGCCUUGCGUCUCAAGACAGCCUUCAUAUGACUCUAUCAGUAGUCAGUCAGAAGAGUUAGAGUAUGAAACUUGUGACUCAGGUUUAAAUAGUGAGCAAAGUGGAUCAAGCGAUGAACUAGAAGAUGAAUCAACCCAUUUCAGAACACCAGAAGAUUGGAAUGAAUCGACUCAUUGUCCACUAGCGGAAUCUAGUGAGACUCCAAGGUCAACCACUGAUUUGGUUGCAAACACAAAAGAAAAGAAAGAGACAGCUAAUCUUCUAGAGAAAAAAAACGAAUUGGAAAUAUCUAAUAGAAGUCUUACUGGAAACAGAGCACUAAUGGAAGGGGGAGACUCUAGAGACUUGGCAAGUUGUACUGUACCCAUGGGAUCUCACCAGAAUCCAGCAGGUAAAUCAAGAAAUAAAAAAUUCCAAAGUAUCAUCUCUCAGACAUUUGAUGGGAAAAUUCUCAGCUCUGUGCGUUGCCUGAAUUGUAACACUGUGUCCACAACAAAAGAAACAUUCCAAGAUUUAAGUUUACCCAUACCUAACAAAGACCACCUAAGCAUGCUACAUGCAGGCUAUCCUGCUGCUACAGGGGUAGUACCUCCGAAAGGUGGAACUUGUGCAGAGGUCCAUCAAGGUUGGCUGUCUUGGAUUUAUUCAUGGAUGAAAAGCUGGAUCAUUGGACCAACUAUAACACUACAGCAUUGUCUCCUGGCUUUUUUCUCUGCCGAUGAGCUCAAGGGAGAUAACAUGUACAGUUGUGAGAAAUGUAAAAAGUUACGAAAUGGUUUGAAAUAUUCCAAAGUAUUGAAACUGCCAGAAAUCUUAUCCAUUCAUUUGAAGAGAUUUAGGCAUGAAUUCUAUUCGUCCAAGAUUGGAACCUAUAUAUCAUUUCCGUUGGAAGGUUUGGAUAUGGAGCCUUAUCUACACAGAGGGUGUAAAGACGAAGUAACUAUGUAUGAUUUGGUAGCCAUUAUAUGUCACCACGGUACAGCUGGAGGUGGCCACUAUACAGCUUAUUGUUUAAACCACCUGAAUGACCAGUGGUACGAGUUUGAUGACCAGUAUGUUACAGAAGUUGAUGUAGACCAAGUACAGAACUGUGAAGCUUAUGUUCUUUUUUAUAGAAAAUCCAACAAAAACAUUGAAAGUCUGCGGCAGAAAGUGUUUGACACAAGGGAAGUCAGCCUUUUGAAAUUCUACAUUAGUAAACAGUGGCUGUGUCGUUUUCAAACUUUUGCUGAACCUGGACCAAUUAGUAAUAGGGAUUUUCUUUGUAAACAUGGUGGCAUGCCUCCUGGUAAGUUUCAAAUGAAACAAAAUCUUUGUCAAGAAAUUCCUCAGUCCAUGUGGGAGAUCUUGUAUAACAGAUUUGGUGGAGGGCCUGUGUGUAAUCAUCUGUCUGCUUGUCAGAUCUGUCAAAGUGAAUAUGAUUUGAUUGAUCAGAGACAAAACAUGGAAAGUGAAGCUUUUAAUAAGUUAAGUAAAGAAUUUGAAGAAGAAAAACAGUCAACAGCAGUGUAUGCUAUAAGCAUGGCAUGGAUCAAAGAAUGGCAAGCUUUUGUAUCCAAAAGAACCCAGAUUGCGCCUGGUCCCAUAGACAACCAUCGUAUCACUGUGUACAAGAAUUCUUUGCCUACAUUACGUCACACAUCAGAAUAUGUGAACAUAUCAAAGGCUAUGUGGUUAUUCCUGCACCAGAUUUAUGGAGGUGGUCCUGAGCUCAUUCUUUCCCAGUCCACCAGCAAGCCCACCCCCUCACCUAAUACAGCCUCAUCUAAAGCAGCUCCACUUAACAACUCAAUAAAGGCAUCUGCUACUUCAUCUUGUUCCACCAACAUAACUGAGCCCUGUACCGCAGCGCAGUGCCUUGAACAGGAGAAAAAAAUGGAUGCAGUUUGCUUUGCUAAACAAGACGUGCACAGCAAAAUUGUAUCACUUGAUGGUAGCAAAGAGGAGUCGAUGCAAGUGCAAAAUAAAUCUAUUCAAGAUCAGUCCCUACUGCUUCAGAACAAAUGUGCACAAGAUGAUGGUAUUGUUACGCAAAAUGAUAAUAAAUCUUUACACUUUGAGAAUAAGUCCACAAGUACGAAUGAUUCUUCCCAAGAUAAAAGUGUACAUGGGGAGACACGAUGUGAACAAGAAAAGAUCAAAUGUAUUCCAGAUGAGACUAAUCCUAGUGUUAGUCAGGUCUCACAAGUAGUUAGGAAUUCCACCUUGACACCUGUGCAUUCUUUGGCAGAUAGUUUAAUGGGGCACCCUACAGGGAGACAUGAAACAAAACUGGACGGUACCCAGUGGACAAGUCUACAAACUACUGACCAGAAAAGUUGUAUAUCUAAUUCUGUAGUUAGUCCUGUGCCUAUCGUUGACCUGUCUGGCUCUUUGAAUCCAAUAGUAGAUCACUUGAAUAGUAAACCUAGUUCUGUGGUUAGUUCUAAACUUGAUCUUGUUAUUACAGAAGUACCAGUAGCUCAGUUGGAUGCUACAGUUGAUGUUCCCUCAGUUCUAACAGCUACGGGCAGAAAGAAAAAGGCAAGAAAAAACAAACCAAUGAACACAACUAAACUAUAAAAGUUCAUGGAAACUAAUUGACACGUGUGUACGCUUGACAAUUGUUACCAAUUCUUUUUUGACAACAUUCACACAUUUAUUUUUGUGAUGGCUUUAUUAUGCUAUUUAUUAUAUUAGGAGUUGAGACAACUGUUUUCCUGUCUUUCAUCCAACCACUUGCAACUAAUGUCAUCUCAUCGAGAGUUUUUAUUUCAGUGCAAAUGAAAAUAUAAAAUUUUACAAGUUUUAACCAUGUUAAGCUUUUUUUUUUAAUUAUUUAUCCAAUCAACUGCAGCUAAAUGAAGGCACAGCUAAGACUUGUAAAUAAUUAGGUUACAUGAAUGUGUGAUAUGUGUGUGAUUACAUGUUAAUUCAAAUGACAAAUCCAAGAACUGACAGUUCAAUAUAUUGACAUUGCAUUUCACAACCUUGAGACAUCGGUUCUUUAAUUACUUAAAAUUAAUUAAGCUACUGUUGUCCGCAAGAUGCAGCUAAUCUUCUAAUAUUGUAUUCCACAUUUAUUAGCAAAGCUUUUAAAAUAACAAAUGUGAUUAAUUUGUUUUAUCAGCAGAGUUUCUUGUAUGUCCUAGUUUUGAAUGGAUGUUCCACUGUAAUAGAACACUGCCAACCAAACAAGUAAACAAUAUCUAUGAUUUUUUAGUCUUUAUAGAAAUGACAUUAAUAAUGUGUCAACUGAUAUGGAAAAAUAUAAGGUUAUUUUUUUUUUAUGUAUACAAGCAUGGUCUGAAAUGCUUUUGACCUAACAAUGAAAUGUUUUCUUCCAAUAAAAUUUCAUUUCUCUUCAUAAUUUUUUUGUUUGAUCUAUGCACUCUUCUCACCCUUCCACC